AAACAUAAUUCUUCCAAUACAUUUGAUUAAUAUUACCAGACAAAUAUUAAAAUGAUGAGUUUUGUCUGAACAACUUGUUUACAACUUGUUUACCUAUUCUAUAGUAUUUGCCAAACAGGAAAUGGCAACGUGACAAUAUUUGACCAGUGGCCUGCUCUAAGUAUGUAUCAGCAUUCUGUGUAUUCCAAACUGUUACACAAUAAACUAACAAACACACCAAUGAUGUAAACCAGUACCUAGUAGUGUAUCCGUCACAUCUUUAAUAAUCACAAAACCAUCUACUGUUUCCUAAAAUCCCAAAUGGCACGCUAUUCCCUACAUAGUACACUACUUUAGUACAAUACAAUACAGGGAAUAGGGUGUCAUUCAGGACGCUGACUACUUCAUGUCUAAAGGGACCCACUGCAGUGACAAUCUGACACGUUCCUCAGCACAUCAUUGUAGUAGAGUCAACUGUGAUUACAUUAGUGUGUGACGUGUUUGUUGAGUAGGCACGGCCAGGUGUAAACGGACCCGUACGGAUUAAAACCAUGUUGAAACUGUAGGUGUGGCGGUGGAGCCCUCCCUUCAGAGGUUGAUUUAGGACUAACAACAUGGACCCCAACCCAUAAUCCUCCAGCAGACACACCUGUAGAGGACUGUAUAAAAAGCCCAGGACUGACCAGACAGAAUCACACAUCAAGCCUCUCCAAAGCAUCUCCAGGACCAAGAAGCCAUCCAGAGUAUCUCCACUGUCAGAUCCAAGGAGCCAUCCAGAGUCUCUCCUCUCCACACACUGAAGAUGGAGCAAAGCCCCUCUCUCACCCUGCUGCUGCUACUGCUGCUGCUGCUGGACCUCUCUCAGGCCAACCCUCUCAUGGAGGAUGGAAGUGGACCAGAGAUUCUAACAGACAACCCUGAGGCUGUAGACAUCACUGAGAGAAUUCUGACCACUAAUAACGGCUCCAGUCAGUUUCUGUUGGAGGGAGACAUGGUGGCACCGACAACCAGAAACGCCAUGAUUUGUUUUAGUGCAGGGUGUUUCUGGAACAAAGGCUCCAACGGAUUGGUUGAAGUGCCCUACACAGUGAGCAGUAGCUUCAGUUCCUCAGACAAGCAGAGCAUUGAGAACGCCCUCCGGGCCUUCCCUUCCAAGACCUGCAUUCGCUUCGUGCCUCGGCAGAAUCAGGUUGACUUCAUCAGCUAUGAGCCCAGAGACGGGUGCUGGUCCUCUCUUGGGAGAGUGGGAGGCCAACAGAAGGUCUCUCUCCAAAUGGACGGCUGCGUUUACUUCGGCGUCAUUCAGCACGAGACUCUCCAUGCUCUGGGCUUCCAGCACGAACAAACCAGGAGUGACCGUGACCAGUAUGUCACGAUCAACUGGCGUAACAUCGACUCUAACAACGCCUACAACUUUGAUAGAUCAAACACCAACAACCUGAACACUCCCUAUGACUACAGCUCUGUCAUGCACUAUGGAAAAACAGCCUUCUCUAUCAACGGGAUGGACACCAUCACCCCCAUCCCCAACCCCAACGUGUCCAUCGGCCAGAGACAGGGGUUGUCCACCACUGACAUCCUGAGGAUCAACAGACUCUACAGCUGCUGAGAGGAAGACGUCAAGUCACAGGAGAAAAUUCUGGAAAAGACCAGAUGAAGGAAGUCUAGUAUGACAUAAAUAAUGUUAUCUUAUUGAUUUAAAAUAAUUGUUUAGUUGUAACUUUAAAAAAGAUCAUUGCUGUAGUUGUGUAGUUCUCAAAUUAUUUUAAUCAUAUGACUUAGUUAAUUAUCUAAAAUAAACAAGAUUGAAAACAGA